GCCUGAUUUGCGUAACGCCGUAACGAACCGACGUCACAUGUCUGGGGGAGGCAGUAAACCUAGCUUAAGGUACCAGCUCUGCGGUCGCUGCCAACUCUCUUCUUUUUCUUUUCUUCUUCUCUUUUCAUCUUUCUCGUCUUUUUAUUUCCUCUCUCAAAAGAGGUCGACAAUUGUUCACGGAGACUGCUCUAUCUCCGUCCACAAUGUCCCUGUGGUCUUUACUCCCCUCCAUCCCAUACCCGCCUGCGAAGGAUGGGUACUGGAGCCCUGUCACCUCCACCUUGAACUGGUGUGAAGAGGAUUACUAUGCCACCGUCUAUUCCGCAGAAAUCAUCAACACAAUAACCAAUCUGUUGUUUAUGUGGCUCGGUGUCAAGGGAAUUCUCAGUUGUCGCCGUCAUGAGCAUGAUCAGAUCUUCUUGGUGGCGUUUGGCGGAUAUCUUGUUGUCGGGACAGGGAGUUUCUUGUUCCACUCAACUCUCAAAUAUCCAAUGCAGCUGGUUGAUGAGCUCUCCAUGAUUUACACCACCUGUUUGAUGUGCUAUGCUUCCUUCUCUUACUCGAGACCAACCGGUGUCCGUAUAUCCUUGGCCAUCUCCCUUGCCAGUUUGGCGAUCUUCAUCACCCUCUACUACCACUAUCUUCAAGACCCCGUGUUCCACCAGAAUGCGUACGCGCUUCUGACCACCGUCGUGGUCCUGCGCAGCAUGUACACAAUGGAGAAAACACUUCGGCCAUCUAUGCGACAUACUCGUGAGGAGGAUCGGUUGGCGCGCGAAAAGCAGGGCCUGCCGGUCCCGAGCAAGGAGCAUCAGCACUACGAGAACGUGCGCGACAUGAAGACUCUCAGGACAAUGUGGUUCAUGGUGGCUUAUGGAUUGAGUUUGUUCCUUGGUGGGUUCUUUAUCUGGAAUUUGGACAACUACUUUUGCUCCACGAUUCGCGAAUGGCGCCGGGUAGUGGGUCUUCCAUGGGGUAUUGUCCUUGAAGGUCAUGGCUGGUGGCAUAUUAUGACCGGCCUUGGAGCAUAUCUAUAUAUCAUAUGGGGAAUUUGGCUUCGCCACUGCUUGAACCAGCGACAGGAAGAGUACUACUUGUGGUGGCCACACUUUUGGAACUUCCCCGAGGUUGUGCGCAGCCCGCAGAUCAAGAAAGAUACCAAGAAAUCGAACUAAGCUGGACCAUCUGUUUAUACUACUUUCACCACACACAAUAAAGUUUCGUCGAAUUUCAUUUUGAAACUACUGAACAAUUAGCAUUCGGACCGAUGGGGUUUAUAGACACUGACUGACAGGGUCAGUUAUAUAUCUUAUUUAUAUAGAAAAAAUUGACGCGAUAACGAUGACCAUAGGAGUACCAAAUCUCAUCAUUGAUGUACACUCUAAAAUAUGCCGUAUCUAACGCUGGGUAUGAAGGAUGUCAGGAUGUAAAAAACAAAAAAUAGACAUUACAACUUCGGAGAUGACUUCUUAGAUCUCCUCUCAGGAGCAGGGACAUUCUCUUUCCACCGCGCGUCGAUGGUGACCUUCUCAAUCUUUGACUUUUUGCUCCAUUGUGCCCGGAACGCCUGGUCUUCAGCAUGCCACCUCUGCAAC